UAAGGGAAAUUUACAUCCACUUAUAGUUGUCCAAGUUCUUCACAGUCUCUCAGUUUUUCUCCUGCGCAACCCCAAUUUUUUUGGGGAUUAAAAACCACAAAUCAAAACCCUAAAAUCAAAACAACAUUCUUCAUCACAUAAAUUCAUCAAUUUGUAGGACAACCUGUUUUUUUUUUUUUUUUUCUGAGUUAGCAACAUACCAUGGAAUCUCAACAUCAACAACAACAACAACAACAACAAGCAUACCAUUAUCAAUAUCAAACUCAAAAUGAUACCUUAACAUCUCAAUCAUCAUAUGAUCCUACCCAGAUUCAAGCAUAUGAUCAAUCUACUCAAGCUUAUUAUGGUUAUCCACAUACUUCUGCUCAUUAUAAUCAACCUCAACAACAACAACAAGAUUAUUCAUCUUAUUAUUAUCAAGAUUAUGCAUCUUCUUAUCAAACCCAGGUUCAAAAUGAUCCUAAUUCAAUUCACCCACCUGGGGUUCCGAUUUCUGUUGAUUCUCAACAAACCCAUCUUCAGAAUCCCCAGAAUUUGUAUUACCCACAUGGGGUUAUGGCGUCUCAACCUCCUCAUCAAGGGUUUUAUUCGGCUGGAGGCAACCAAGCUGGUCGGUCUGUGAGGGGACGUGGCACUUUUGGUCGUCAUGGUAGAGGGAGAGGGGGUGGCCGUGGUAAGUCUCAGAGUACAAGAUCAUCUGCCGCUGCUUCUGUCUCUGGUGGUGUGCAAUCGUCUUCCGUGGAGGGCCAAGCAGCACCAAGCAAGCCACCACCUCGUAUGGCAUGGUGUGAACUUUGCAGAGUUGAUUGUACAACUCUUGAAGUCCUUGAGCAGCAUAAGAAUGGAAAGCGACAUCUGCGGAACGUGAAGGUUCAUGGGGAGUUGCAGAAUUUGAGCAGACAAUUUGCAAUACAGAAUCCAGCAAUGUCUGGGUCUCAGCCUAAUUCUGAAACUUUUCCUCCCCAAAUUGCUGAAGGAUCCAACACAAACAACAAUGUUACCCUUGACCCUGCAGCUCUGGAGAGUAAAGUUGAAGCCACAGUAGAAAAGGAGACAGCUAAUAAACCCGAAGCUUCAGUGGCACUACCAUCUCAGGAGUCAGUUAGAAAGGACCAUUUUGGUGGUAGGGGUGGUUUUAAGCGGAAAAUAAGAGGAGGGGGCCGUGGCGGGAAGUGGAUGAGAGCCUUUGACGGGUCAAGAAGACUCAUGGAGCCUCCAAAACCUAAACAGGUGGUUCCUUUAAUAUGCGAACUGUGCAAUGUUAAAUGUGAGUCUCAAGUCGUUUUCGAAAGCCAUAUAGCAGGUAAAAAGCACCUCUCAAACGUGAAGCGUUUCGAAGGCCACAAAGAGGCAUUUGGAGAUGGAAUUCAAGCUUUAUAUCCUACUAUCUCUAAUCUUCCACCGACGACGAUCAUUCCACAGGCCAAUCAACUGGGGCAUCCCCCCGAUGCUCAAGCCCUUGCAUCAAUGAUGCUCAGUCAACAAAACCUGCAAGAUCCUCAAGCUGCCCAGGCUGCUUUGGCUCAGCUUCUCCAUCAACAUGGUAUCCAUGAUGCUCAGACUCUUAUAACCCAGUUGAUUCCAUAUUUGCUUGCUCAAUUCCAAGCACCCGGAUCAUUACCUGUCCCAGCAGCAGGAUUCGGGAUACAUAACCUGAGUUCUGUGAGUCAAGGAGCACAUAUAUCUGUCGGAGAUGAGAGCCAUAACGCUGCUGUAGAAAGUAAAGAUGAACAGCAAAAUGUGACAAGCAAUUCUGAACCUGAAGCUGUUGGAGGAGCAAACGACACCACUGCUGCAAACGACAAGCCUGCUGCAAAUGAUAAACCUGCUGCAAACGAAAAACCUGCUGAUGUCCCACCUGAAAACGAAAAUCAACAGUGAACGACAAAGAAGCUUCUGUUUCUGGAGAUCAUAAGUAGUCCAUCUAAGAUGAAAGACCAUGUAGAGAGGCAUACAAGUUGAUGAUGCAGCGCUGGCAUUAAGUCAUCUGCUCCUACGUGAUGUUGGGAAAAUCCGAUGACGGAUAAUAAUCGACGUCCUUAGGUUAUUGCAAACUGACACAUUAACUAGAUUACUUGUUUUUUCAGGUAUACCAAAUAAGAGUUGGAUGAUGUUGAAUGGUUGAACUUAAUUUAGUAGGAGCUGGUUGUACUCCCAGGACCAACUUCUUUUGCAAGAAAUUAUGUUAGAUAGUCUUCGUACAUUUCAAGAAUUUAGACUGCAUGCCUUUAGGCUAAUUUUUGGUCUUUGCAUAUGUAGUAAUUAGUAACUCUGUUUUUUGAAGUUGUUCUCUUGAAAAAGACCACAGGUUGAGAUUUUAGUUUCGA